AUGUCUAUCAUCAUCACUGGAGCAGGAGGAUACGUCGGCCAGGAACUGGCUGCCGCAUUGCUCUCAAGCGAACCCAAUACUACAGUGCUCCUCACAGACGUCGUUGCACCCACAAGCGUACAGGCAGACCUCACCAUCCCAAGCGUGGUCGACUCGCUAUUCAACGAGUCCCAUCGCUACGAUACCGUCUACCUCCUCCACGGAAUCAUGUCCAGCGGCGCAGAAGCCAACUUCGAGCUCGGGAUGCGGGUCAAUCUCGACGCAACGCGGUAUAUCCUCGACAGACUACGCACCACCAUGCCGGGUGUGAAGGUAGUAUUCACCUCGACUUUGGCCACCAAUUUCCCGCCUGUGCCCUCGUCCUCGUACGGGUCGGCGAAGCUCGUCAUAGAGACGCUGCUGAAUGAUUACUCGAGGCGGGGGUUCAUCGACGGUCGUGCCGUGCGAUUGCCCACGGUGACGGUGCGAGCGGGCCAGCCCACCCAGGCUGCGAGCAGCUUCGCCAGCGAUAUCAUCCGGGAGCCGUUCAAUGGGAAGAAGGCGACCCUGCCGGUGAGUAAGAGUACUGAGCUGUGGAUUUGUUCGCCGUACACUGUUGUGAAGAAUCUGGUGCAUGCGAGGACUAUCCCCAAGGAGGCGUUUGGGGUUUCGAGGUCGGUGAAUUUACCAGGUCUGAAGGUUAGCGUUCAGGAGAUGUUAGAUGCGUUGGAGGAGAUUGGAGGCAAGGAGCGUCGGGAAUUGGUGGAGGAGAAGUAUGACGCGGAUGUUGAUCGGAUUGUCCAGACGUGGACUCCUAACUUCAACACCGCGCGUGCUAUCGAGUUGGGGUUCUCGGAGGAUGUUUCGAUGGUGGAGAAUAUCAGGCAGUAUGCCAUCUCCCUCCAGUCUUUCACAAUGGCCUCUCGGCGCCUAGCGUUCAACUUCAACCAGGCUCUGCGGAGCCGUGCUGCCUUGAAGGCCGUUCAGCCCGUGAAGCGUGGCUUUGCUUCUCCGGUCGCCUUGCCGUCCACCACCCAGUCGACGACUCUUUCCAACGGAUUCACGAUUGCGACUGAAUACUCCCCAUGGGCUCAGACAUCCACUGUUGGCGUUUGGAUCGACGCCGGCAGCAGAGCAGAGACUGACAAGACCAACGGAACCGCACACUUCCUUGAGCACCUUGCCUUCAAGGGUACCAACAAGAGAACCCAGCACCAGCUGGAACUCGAGAUCGAGAACAUGGGUGCUCACCUGAACGCUUACACUUCGAGGGAAAACACUGUCUACUACGCCAAGUCUUUCAACAAUGAUGUCCCCAAGGCCGUCGACAUCCUCGCCGAUAUCCUGCAGAACUCGAAGCUGGAGCCCGCUGCUAUCGAGCGUGAGAGAGAUGUGAUUCUGCGUGAGCAGGAGGAGGUUGACAAGCAGCUCGAGGAGGUUGUCUUUGACCACCUGCACGCCACUGCUUUCCAGAACCAGCCCCUUGGUCGCACCAUCCUCGGUCCCAAGGAGAACAUCCAGACUAUCUCCCGGGAUAACUUGACCGACUACAUCAAGACCAACUACACCGCUGACCGCAUGGUUCUGGUCGGUGCUGGUGGCAUCCCCCACGAGCAGCUCGUUAAGCUGGCUGAGCAGCACUUUGGUUCCCUCCCCAGCAAGCCCCCCACCUCCGCUGCUCUCGCUCUCACCGCUGAGCAGAAGCGUACCCCCGAGUUUAUCGGAUCCGAGGUCAGAAUUCGUGACGACACUCUUCCCUCUGCCCACAUUGCCGUUGCUGUUGAGGGUGUCAGCUGGAAGGAUGAUGACUACUUCACUGCUCUCGUCGCCCAGGCCAUCGUCGGCAACUGGGAUCGUGCCAUGGGCAACUCCCCCUACCUCGGCAGCCGCCUCAGCUCCUUCGUCAACCACCACAACCUCGCCAACAGCUUCAUGAGCUUCUCCACCAGCUACAGUGACACUGGUCUGUGGGGUAUCUACAUGGUCUCGGAGAACCUGACCCGGCUCAACGACCUGGUCCACUUCGCCCUCCGCGAGUGGUCUCGCCUGUGCUACAACGUCUCCGCUGCCGAGGUUGAGCGUGCCAAGGCUCAGCUCAAGGCCUCCAUCCUCCUGUCCCUCGACGGCACCACUGCCGUUGCCGAGGACAUUGGUCGCCAGAUCAUCACCACUGGCCGUCGCCUCAGCCCUGAGGACGUUGAGCGCAUCAUUGGCCGCAUCACCGAGAAGGACGUUAUGGACUUCGCCAACCGCAAAAUCUGGGAUCAGGACAUCGCCAUCAGCGCUGUCGGUUCCAUUGAGGGCAUCCUGGACUACCAGCGCAUCCGCAAUGACAUGAGCCGUAACUCCCUGUAA